CCGUCAGUCUCGCGCAUGACUUCGUGGUGAGAGUAUACGUCCUGUCCGUAGGUCGUUGUUACGCGAAAAAAUCGAUCGUAUUUUUGUAAACACCGUAACGAUAUUCCACGUUGCGUCGAUUCAUCGCGGAAACGUUCGUUCGGUGAACGAUCAGUGCACCAAGACGAUUUCAAUCAGUGAUUAACUAAAUCAGUGCCGAGUCGUUCGUGAUCGAUCCCUGUGUGUAUCCUGUCAAGGUGUUCUCUCCGUUCAUUCGCCAGGAUAUUAUGCUACCGAUCGUGCGUAAGCCGAGACCGUGUUGACUCGAGGGCUGCUCGACAAUAAAUUCCCAAAAAAAUGCUACCGCAAACGCCUGACAUCAUUCCGACGACACUGAACCAGCAGAAAUGUGUGAAGGCAAGGGCUCUCUACGACAAUAUUGCGGAAGCUCCCGACGAAUUGGCUUUCCGAAAGGGCGACGUGCUCACGGUACUCGAGCAAAAUACUGCCGGCCUCGAAGGGUGGUGGUUGUGCGCCCUGCGCGGCAGACAGGGCAUCUGUCCAGGAAAUCGAUUGAGACUCUUGGUCGGCCAAUAUGAUACAGGGGGUUGUUUGGUUGGCAGCAGGCCUGACCUAACCAUUUCCGAAGAUGGUGUACAGAGACAUGGAAAACGGCGUAGCUGGCACGUCCAGCCAAACAGGGUGGUAACUCCUCAGAAGUGCGGCGAUGUGUAUUUUUACGAUCUACCAGCGAAUCGGGGAAGCCCCGCGCCGCUAUCGAGACACGAUUCACCCUUGACUGCGAACAACGACCAAUUGCACAGCACGGGGCGAUACACGACCGGCACCAGAAGUUCGAUAGACAAUGGCGGGGAUGUGAGCGAAUGUUACGACGUUCCUCCGCGAGCGGUCCCCGUGAUUCCAUCGCCAGCGAGCAGUCCGAGUCCUGCACCCUCUUGCUACGAUAUCCCGAGACAACCCACCUCCUGCACGCCAAGCUCAAAUUGCUCCGGUGGUUCUGGCGUCACACCCCUCGAUUGCUACGACGUGCCAAGACCUUUGCAACCCUUGACGCCAAGCAGCUCCGCGUCCAGCCUCACGAACGACGGAUCCCUGAGCGGUUCUAACAGAUCCAGCCUCGCAGCCCCCGAUUACGAUGUACCCCGAUCGCGUCUUCCAGCUUCCUCGUUACCGUCCCGGCACAACACUCCUGUGCCUAAAACGCCGACACCACCUCCCCCAUCGCAAACACAGCAGAUCUACGAUGUUCCGGUUAGCAAGGAACUUCCGCUAGAGCUAGAUUCCGCGUUGGAAGGCCUGCAAAGGCUGCAAAGCGAAGCAUCGGCUGCAAUAGCUAGGUUACUGGGCUUCGUCAGCCCAGUUUGGAGAACGGCUCAGCGGCUGGACGCAACCCUGAUGGACCUCAGACUGGCAGCCCUGAGGCUUAGAACGUCCUUGCACGAUCUGGCUGAAUUCGCCGAAGGCACCCUGGGAAACGCCGGCAAGGCACCGGACAAGGGUUUGGCCACGAAAUUACGACCUCUGGUCAAAGCUCUCCGCGAUUCCGAUAAACUCGUGCAGGAAGCUGCCACUGAGCUGGACGCGAUGGAAUGGGACGCCGGGAAGCUCUGUCGCGGGGGUAGUGAUGCUCCGACACCUACUAACGGGCCACCUUCCACCCUCGUGCCACCCACACAGCCAGACCCACUCGAUCAGCUGAUCGCGUGCGCCCGAGCACUCACGGAAGACGUUCGUCAGGUCGCCAGUUUCAUUCAGGGUAACUCGACGCUGCUGUUCAAACGGUCAUCGAUCAUCUCGACGGGCAGUAGCAACAACAGCGGUGCUGGAGAAGAUUACGAUUACGUUAAUCUUGAUUCGAGGGAAGUGGUUGCAAAGCAACGUGAAGAAGUACGAGCUGCGUUACCUCAAGAACUUCGAAGCAAUUACGACCUGCUCGUAUCCGAGGCGGACAAUGCAACGAUUCAAAUGCCACCCACAACCCCGACGCCCAUGGAUCCUAACGACAAACAAUUGUUGGCUUUCUACGCGGCCCAGGUGAUCACGCAUGGAAACCACCUGACUCACGCAAUCGACGCUUUCAUGCAAACGGUCGCACUCAACCAACCGCCUAAGGUAUUUCUGGCACAUGGAAAAUUCGUGGUGUUAAGCGCACAUAGAUUGGUACACAUCGGCGACACGGUGCACAGGAACGUGAUCAGAAACGAUGUGCGAACGCGCGUUUUGCAGUGCGCAAACGCUUUGAACGAUUCACUUGCGCAAACUGUGUCGAAAACAAAACAAGCUGCACAAUACUUCCCCAAUGUAACCGCAGUUCAAGAAAUGGUAGACAGCGUUGUAGAUGUUUCUCAUUUGGCCAAGGACUUGAAGAUCGCGAUGAUCCAGGCCGCGCAGCAGCCCUGAACGUCUGAAGAUUGGAGAUCCUCAUCUUCGACACGGAGGAAGCUGGCGAUGCGCGAAAGUUAGCAAGCUUCAUUCUUAUCCUACAAAGACUUUUUUUCGCGUGCAAGUUCCUUAGAUCGGCUUGAUGGUCAAACAGUUUCCACUUAAAAAGAAGCUUGGAUAAGGUAAACAGAAGCUGUAAUUAUCAGCAGCUGUUAUUACUGGCCAUCAGACUUUUAAGUCACGUUUUCGAUGGUAAUUACAAGAACAACAGAAUAGGUAAGAGAAAGAGAUAUAAUCCACAGACUAAAGUCUCCGUAAGAACUUAGGCAUAGGAGAUGCGUUUUUUUACUCCUACAAGUAGUAGAACCUACUUAUUUGAGUCGAAUUCUGGGCCAAGCAUGUUUACUAGCAGCUGUCCCUAAAUUUGUCAGCUACAAAGAAAUUUAAGAUUCUUCUCUUUAAAAGAUAUGAAUUGCUUAAAAUGUCGUUCUUAGCUUGGACAUGCUUGGCUCGGAACAUUAGCCUCAUUUGAUUGGCAGAAAAUGAAUUUGGACCGUGGAUAAAAAAAUUGCGCCCACUGAAAUGUUUCGAUUGACUAAACUAAGCUAUGUUUAUCGCAAUAAAUAACUCUCGAGGCCUAUGGAUACUUAGAACUACGCAACUGCCAAAGCACAGGAACCUAGGAUAUAAGGAAACCUCUUUCAAGACAAGUGUUUUUGUGAAGUACACCGUGUUUCAAUAAUUCAUGCUGCUCAUAUUCACUGUACAGGAUGAUCCAGUAUUUAUGGUACAAUUCGUUGGAGGUUAAUUUAUUAUUAAAGACAAAAAUAGUAAAAUCUUUUCAUAUCGGGGUUUUUUGAGAAUUUUGAAAAAAAAGAACGAAUUUUCUCUUCAAGAAAAAGAACCUCGUUAGAAGAAAGUUUUAUAUUAUAUUCUUGUCUUAGUUACUCUACGUCUUAUUGUAUCAUGAAUUCUAAGACAUCCUGUGUACUCCAAAUGGUGAGAAUCAUUGAACCAUUGUAUACUCGACAAUAUAGGCAAUGUAUCCUUUUAUAGGAAAUACAUAUAACUGUGUCAUUCGUUAGCUGAAAGUGUGGAGUAAAACAAUAUAAGAGAUAUAGCAAAUGUAGAAUAUAUUUGGAAAGAUUCUCGAAUAGAGAUUCAUUUCAAAUGUAAUGCGCCGUUGUCAUUGCCAGCGAGUUCAAUAUGAUCGUAGCCGUGUUAAUAACACUCAUCAAACAACUGUGUAUUUGUGCCUCUCUCAUUUGAUAAUUGUUUCAUUUGAAAGCAUGUUCUGAAAUUACUACGAAACCGAUGGAAAAUUAUUUUCCAAAACAUCGGCAAUUCAAAAUAUUGCCACGUCAUCUUCAAACAUUUAUACAAAUGAAUUCAACUAAAUGCAGUGUUCAAACGAUUCUUGGAACAAAUUUAUAGAAUACUAUGUGAGCUAUGAAUACGUCUUUUAGAGACCGAUUUUAACGAAUUUUUAUAGAACUUUUUAUUACCGGAACACGACUUUUUCGUGUCGAUCGUUUUACGACUCUUCCAAAUUACUAACCUACACCGGAGACUGUGAAAAAAAAUCGAAACCUGAAAUUUGUAGACUGUUUACUAUCAUUCCAAUGUUGAUUCGACUGCGCUCUCCUUACAAGAGCAAUGAAAAGAAUAUUUCAAUACAAAUACGAUGUUCUGUCGGCCACGAUAUCCGCUGAUCACAAAAAUUGGAAUUGUAUUGUUGUCAAUAGAUGUUAGUUUCAUUGCUAAACAAGUAACUUUUACGAUCGGCGGAUCUUAAAGUAUUGUUAAUACAGAAAAGAUUGCAUUUUGUGUAGAUGCAGUGAAAUCCUUUUUGUUUCACUGUAUUUUCCUAGAAGUUAUUUUCCCCAUGCUCUGCCCUUAGAGAGGUAACUGACAACCGCACAUUUGUAACGCAGCCUUUUGUCUCCUUUUUUGACGGAGAAGCACCGAAGAUCACUAAAACAUGAAAUGCCCAAGAUGAUGAGAACAAAAUUGGGCGAUAUUUGAUUGAAACGUAUGAUUAUCGAUUGCAAUUUACAAGAAUGUGUAUUUUCAGGUGAUCGUCCGUAUUUAGAGUAUUUACUACAAUAGCUUAUACAUGUAGUUUAUUUUUUAGAAAGUAUAUUAAUCGAUCAUAUCGCGUGAACACAAACCUCGUUUACGGAACUUGUAUUAUAAUUUAUUGGCGACGUGUUUUUUGUAAGAUAACAAGCAUUCAAGGCAGUUAGAAUUAAUGUAUAUUUAGAAUUUAUACAUAGUCGAUAUUAAAUAGGUGCUUAUCAUUCUUGUUGAAUCGUAUCCCCGAUAAUAGUGACGUAACGUUAAGCCAACAAUUACCUUUGAUAACGAAACGUAUGACACGUGUAUGUAUUAUCGAUCGACCGAGUAAAAGAAACCUUAUCGUUUUGUAAUGUUCUCCUCGAUUCAACCUUUGUACAUUGUACCUGGAAUUCUUUCGUGCUAAAAUACUUUUGCGAUGGAUGUUCUUAGAAGUAUAAUAAUCGUGAGGAAAUUAUACUGGCAGAGCUCUUGAAAUUAUUGAGAACUUCGUUCAUUUUUCGGAUAUCGUUCUAUGAAGCGAUGAAGUUACAUACUAAUCAACGUCUAGAAAUUUAAUCGAGCAUAUUAACCAGCGAAUUUGAAGAAUAAUCAAAGUUUCACUUGGGAUUAACGUGUCCUUCGAACUGAAUGAAUUGUGUCGUUUUGAGGGCGUUUAAUAUGUACAUAAGUAUAUAUACACGAAUAAACACACACAUACACACAUAUACAAUUAUUCCUAUACAGUCUAGGCAUAAUUACAAUAAUAUAUCGACGCAACAGGUAAAAAAGCAUUUGAAAAAAUCGUGCAAUAUCAAAUCUUAACAUUUAAGCAUUGAAUUAUACUCAAAAAAAUUGCGGAAAUAUUUACAAAUAGAGCAAACAAAUCAGAUUUGUUUUACAAAGAUACGAUCCGAAAUUUUAGUGUUUUGCGUUGAAAAAGUUGGUAUCAUCUUGCACUUAAUUUGCUUGGUGACGUCUGGGUGAUAAUUUUGUAUACUGGCGAGUUAUUUGUAUAUUAUAGUUUCAAUGGUUCAAUAAAGAAUAAUUAAAUAUAUGAAAAAGUUUAAUGA